CAGCUGCCGCGAACAGGGAGAAACGGGUCCAUAUAUAUUCCUUACAAGUUUCUUUUUAUAUAAACUCAAAUACUCAAAGUUUUCUUUUUUCCUAUAAGGACACGAUCCGGGUCAGCCGCUUCUUUCAUCAUCGAUCUCCUCUUUUCCUCCCUACCGUUCCAAAUCCUAAGUAACUUUCUUUUUUAUAAAAAAAAAAAAAAAGAUUUGACUUUAAAAGUUCACUAAUUUUGACUCUUUUUCUUCCAUCUCUUGCUUGUCUUGUUAAGCUUCAACUUUUUAAUUACGUAUUUUUUUUGGAAAAUGGAUGAUCAUCAGUAUGGUAUGAUGGAUCUAACGCAGUACAUGAAUGGAAGGCCUCUAUUUGCUACCGUUCCACCACAUCUAACACCAGAUUAUUUAUGCGGUCAGCACCAACACUUCGAGAUGGUAAUGCCUAGUACUACUACUACCGUCCCACAACAUGACAACUUUCCUCCUCCUCCUCCUCACCAUCAUCACGAGUUUCUUUGCGAUUCCAGCACCAUGGCAGCUGCCACUACUAGAGCUAGUGUCAGUAGUGGUGGUGGUGGUGGGUGCACGUUAAGCGCGUUGGAGGGUGGCUCACAUGGCCGUGAUGGCGGAAAUGGGCGGUGGCCAAGGCAAGAGACACUUACACUUCUUGAAGUUAGAUCAAGACUUGAUUCAAAAUUCAAGGAAGCUAAUCAGAAAGGUCCUCUUUGGGAUGAAGUCUCUAGGAUUAUGUCUGAGGAAUAUGGAUAUCAAAGGAAAGGGAAGAAGUGCAAGGAGAAAUUUGAGAACUUGUACAAAUACUACAAGAAGACUAAAGAAGGGAAAGCUGGAAGACAAGAUGGCAAGCAUUAUAGAUACUUUAGACAGCUUGAAGCUCUCUAUGGUAAAACAAGCAACACAAUCUCAGAAAUCAACCAUGUUAAUACCACCUUACAUUACCAUCAAGAAGCUCAUAAUUUUCAUCAUCAUCAGGGUCCUAAGCUCUCCGACAGUCUUAUCUACAGUCUCUCCGAUUCCUCUGAUUCUGAUGCUACUAAUUCGUCUGAUGAUAGUAAUAUGGAAAAUGAUUCAAAAGGAAAGAGGAAGAAUAAGAGAAGGGGGAAAAGGAGUUGGAAAGCUAAGAUAAGAGACUUUGUGGAUAUACAAAUGAAGAAAUUAAUGGAAAAACAAGAAGUUUGGUUAGAAAAAAUGAUGAAGACAAUUGAAGAUAAGGAACAAGAGAGGAUUUUAAGGGAAGACGAAUGGAGGAAAAAACAGGCAAUUAGGAUAGAAAAAGAGCAGAAAUUUUGGGCUAAUGAGAGAGCAGGGAUUGAAGCGCGUGACGCUGCUUUAAUUGAUGCAUUGCAUAAAUUAAAUGGAGAAGAUAAACUCAUGAAGAGCAGUAAUAAUAUCAAUGAUAAAAAUGGUUCAAUGUUCUUUUGCAGCAAGAAGCAAAAGGACAUGAAUUCAUUGAGCUCAUGUUAUUAUAAUUUCCAGAAGAAUGAAGAAGGGAGAUUAUCAUAUUGUGAAACAUCAAGACAUGUAUCAAAUGUUCAUGAAACAAUUGAUGAUGGGCUGUUUUAGCUGUCUACUUAAUGGGAGAUGUUGACGACUUAUUGUAGUUUUGACAUUCAGCUCAAGAGAUUAAAAGUUUCUUGAAAGGUAAGUGGUUUAAAUUUGUCUAUGGUAUUUUUAGUAUUUUAUUGAGGAUGCUAGCUAACUUUCGUGUGGAAUUUAGAGGGAUUGAAGUUAACUGAUCCUAGGAGUUUAGAUUUGGGUCUAUUAAUAUCUUUAAUUAUUUCCAGAUAUUCUUUUGAGAUUUCUUUCUCCAUAUGUUGGUCUGAUGUGCUUAAUUUUUCUUCAUUAUCUUCUCUUUAAUUUGUUCGUUUCCUCCUGGCUUCUAAUUGGCCGCUUUGCUAAUCAUAUAAU